CCUCACCGCCACCAUGAAGCAACCCGAGAGCAUGAGAGUGUCGGGCACGAGGACCUGUGGUACUCGAUGAUAUGACACUCACAACACUAUUCCCACCGCUGGAGCUAAUUUCUCGUAGUGGAGGUAGUGAAAGACUUCGUAGAUGAUUCAUGGCACAACACUCGACACGUCGACAAGGCAAACGCAAAGAUUUCAGCUUGUGAGGCAGUCCCUUGCGUUAUGAAUGCAGAACGGCUGCUCGCUUCAACACUGUGCACACCGCUCGCACAUGAUCAUAAUGUCGCCUAUCCCGAUAUACCCACGCAUUGUAGUGGUCAAAUAUCUCCACCUCGAGAAACUACUUCACCAACCUAGUGGAAGGAUAAACCCAUGAUCUGAGCCUCCAUAAACAUCCACCUAGAUACUCCUGCCAGGAGAACCAUACUAAUAAUGCCUGGGUUCCUACCUCCACCUUCCCUCAAGUGCUUCGUCCACGUACGAGACCUUACCGACGCCGGCGGCGGCAUGAGCAAGGGCAUCUCCGUCAUGCUCGAAUCUUCGACGAGCCGUCCGGUAACCCGCAAGCGUGUGGACCCAUGGCUGAGGAAGAAUUACACCACUCAAGAGGUCGCUUCGAUGCGCCAGCUCGCCUCCCAUCCAAACAUUGUCCAGCUCAUCGAAUACAUGCCCGCCAACCCUUGGUCCGGGCAUGGACGAGCUGUACCUCGAGCACUGCGCGGUUUCCCUGGCCCAAGGUACCCAGCUACACACGCUACGCGAGCUGCGCGCGUUCUACGCGGCGCGGCAUGUUGUGGUACCCGAGGCGUUCGUGUGGCACCUCGACUGGGUCUCCUGUCAGCGGCCGCCUUGAUGCAUUUCGGGGUGCGGAGCGCGGACGAGCAGUCUGCUGGGAACUGGGCGUCGAUUUACCACCGGGACUUGCAUUCCGCGAACGUUUUCCUCUCGCCAAAGGGCCCAAGAAAGAUCGUGGGUAUCCCCGCAUCGUAGUCGGCAGCUUUGGGUGUUCGAAGGCCGAGGAGGUCAUCGACGCUGCACGGGUCGAACGUGCCGAUCCGGAAAACGAUAGCAUUAACGAUGUGAAGAACGUGGCUAAUCUUGUACACGGGUUCUGCUAUCAGUCGGCA